AUGUUCACCAGAAGGCAAAGUGAUUUCAACAGCGACUCUGAUACAGAUAAUGAAGCCAAGGACCCUUUCAUCAAGAAAAGAAAGUCUGAAGGCGGUUUGGAUAACUCAAGGGGUUCUAACCUCGAAAUCCCCUUAUCAGUAAAAGCAGUCAUCAGGAAGAUUGAGCAAGCGAAGCUCCUUCGGGCCAAAGAGGAUAUUCUUACACGGCUGAUUCAAAUAAUGAACAAAGUGGAGCUGAUAAUGACUCGUUACACGAUCGACUGCUCAUCCCCUGGGAGGAAGGGCUCCCUCACAGAAAACCAGAAAAAGAAGAGAAAGAUUUUCUUAGAGAAGAUAGCUGAAUAUAUGAAUAUGAUUGAUAUGAGAGAAAGGAUCCUCAUCAAACUGUUGUCCUGGCUAGAAGAAUGGAAUUUCAUUCUGUCUGAGGUGGCCGAGAUUGAUAUUGAGGAUUACCACCACUGGGCUGCAGAAAUGGAAAUCAUGCCGGAAACACUGAAAAACAUUGACAGCAAUGUCAACACUCUGUGUCAAAUCACUGUGUCGCUUUUUGAAGACAGGAAGAGACAAAAGAAAAAAUUAUUGACUCGCGGCACUCUCUGGAAAGCUUGGAAGGAACGCGUUGUAAAGCGACCAGCCACGGCCCAUGCUUUAAGACCAAAUCAGAUGAUCUACGACCAAUUUGCAUUAAACACUAAAGUUUCAGAAAUUCAAGACAUGUUACAGGAACUCAUCAGCACAGGUAUGUUCAGCAAACUGGAAAACAACGCCAUCAAAUACGUCUCAGCAACAGUGCUGAAUCUCUCCAAAGCCUUGAGUACAGUCAACGAGGAGCUGAAGCUCUUAAGAUCCCAAAUUACCAACCUGGUUGGGGAUGAAGAAGGGGGAGAAGAGGAAGAAGAAAAAGAAAAAGAAAUCCCACUGAAGGCCUUCCAAGAGCUCUGUGAAGAAAAUGAAAUGCUUUAUCAGAGACUUAAAGAGAGUAAGGAAAAGAGGGAGCAACUUAUUCGAAUCAAAAAUUUUCUAGGACGUCAACUAUUGUUCCCAUCUGCAUCCUUGAGAACGUUAGUUGCGAAAGGCAAAGAUAUGGAGCCAGAGGAGAUUGACAUUCUUUUAGACAAAAAGCUUGAAAAUAUUAUAGAUGAGUCCCAGAAGAAAGGGGUCAGAGUCCCCGCAAUAAAGUGGGACUCGACUAUGGCAUUCGUAGCCCAAGGCGAAGUGGCUCCAGCUGAAGGUCAGGUUGAUUACACCCAGAGAAAGCCGUACCUCCCAGUCCCACAGUCAGCCGAGUCCUUGGCUGGAAAUCUAGAGGAGGAAAGGGUACUCUUGGAUAGUGAGACGAAUGAAUUGGAUCUACAAGCACUGGACAUGAUGCAGAAAGACGAGAAAUCCUUUUUAGAAGGCAAACUGAAGGGCCAGAGAGUCCAGAGUGGAGCAGGUAGCAUGUGGGAUCGGCUCAAGAAGGUCAGAUCACAAUACACAGUUGGAAAAAGCCCAGUGCCAUCAGAGGAUAAAAUAGAACGCACUGUUAGGCCAAAGGAAAAAGAAGCCAAGACGGAAGAAGAACUGCCCAAGAUAAUCCAGCCAGAACCCCCCGAGCUGCACAAACCAGAAACCAAAGGGAAAAAGCCCGUGCCAGGGAAGACUGAAGACAUGCCGAGCUCCACAAAAGUACGUGGUAAAUUACAGCCCAGGACCCCUAAACAAACGACAAUAAGCCCCGAAGGCUUGAGUAAUCUAGAACCAUUUCAAAGAGCCAUAUUGGCUUUCCUAAGAGAGAAAAUGAACAAUGUAGGAAAGGCUUUUGAUCCAAAGAGUAUACAGGAAGAGGAGGACGCGUUAGGAAGAGCAGAAGUUGAAAAAUUAAACACCAUAAAGUUAAAAAUGGAGGAAUACAUCCAAAAAGUGACUGAAACUGUGACUAAAACCUUGAGGACAUACAAAGAUGCAAGAAAGAAACAAUUUAGAGAGAUAGUCCUCAAACAAAAGUUAGUCACUACACCACAGCCGCUUCCUAAGCAGACAUCCAUGAGUUCCAAGGCUGAAAUCAGAAACGUUCUCUUAAGUGAGAUGACAGACCCCGUGAUUAGGAAACUCAUUCAAACACUCUUGGAUGAGCUAGAGGGAGAACAGGAGGGCACAACAGUGGGCAGAAGGAUGGAGGAAAGGCAAGAGCAACAAAAGCAGGAAGAGGAGGCCUGGAAAGAAGAGCAAAGACUUCAAAGGGAGAGCGAGCAAAAGCAGAGAGGAAGGGAGAGAGCAGAGCAGCUGGAGGAGUGGAGACAAACAACAGAAGGGUCAGAGGCGAGCCAGGCUCAGGAGACCGACAAGGAGAAGCUGAAGGCCGUGAGAGAUGCAGAAGACAGCCAGCGGCCGAAAGGGAGCAAGUGGAAACAGCUAGCAAAGACUGAAUCCCGGGCUAAAGAGUUGUCAAAGAUGUUCACCCAGAGUGCAGCGGUGCUAACACCCAGGUGGAUGAAAGUCCUGAAACCCCUGACGAGUCAAGUGCAGUUGUUCCAAGAGGAUCCUGACGUGGUGGAGCACCCCAAGGAGAAGCAGCCCUCCUCUUCCAGGGCCCUCCUUGACUUUGCACAGCCCCUCCCAAGGCCUAUCCCUGAGUUGGCCCAGAUAGCUUUGGUUUCAAUGCCACAGGCCCCGAGUGGUCCUCCUAGUCAUGAACGCACGGAAAAAGCACAGAGCGCUCCUCCCACAGCAGGACAGGAACAAGAACUAGGGUCUCAGCUGACAGUUCCUGGCAUCCUGGAGCAGACAUCCACUCCAGAGCAAAUGCAAAUCCCCCAAACAACUGCUGAACAAGUACAGAUAUCUGGGGUCACAGUUACCCAAAGAACAGUUCUACCCCUCCAGCAGAUCCAAGCAAAAGACAUUACCCUCACCUCUCCGGAGGUCCUGGAUCAGGGGAUCACUCUCACUCCUGAUCAGGCCCAGGCCCUGGGCAUCACUCUUACCCCUGAGCAAGCCAAGGCCCAGAGGAUUCACUUGACCCCUCAACAGGCCCAGACCUUAGGGAUCACCCUCACUCCUGAGCAGACCAAGGCCCAGAAAAUCAGCCUGACCCCUCAACAGGCCCAGACCCUAGGGAUCACCCUCACCCCUUGGCAGGCCCAGGGCCUGGGGCUCACUCUCACUCCUGAGCAGACAAAGGCACAGAGGGUCAGUCUGACCCCUCAACAGGCCCAGGUCCUGGGGGUCUCUCUCACCCCCCAGCAGGUCCAAGCACAAAGGAUUAAUCUCACCCCUGAACAGGCCCAGGCCCUGGGGCUAGCCCUCACCCCACAGCUGACCCAAGCCCAAGCCAUGGGGAUUGCGCUCACCCCUCAGCAGGUCAAGGUCCAGGGGAUCAGUCUGACCCCUCAGCAAGGCCUGGCUCUAGGGAUGACUCUCACCCUUGAGCAGGCCCAAACGCAGGGAAUUAUUUUGACCCCUGAGCAGGCCCAGGCCCUGGGGCUAACUCUCACCCCUGAGCAGGCCCAGGCUCUGGGGAUAACUCUCACCCCUGAGCAGGCCCAGGCUCUGGGAAUUACUCCCACUCCCAAACAAGGCCCACCACAGGAGAUUAGCCUCAGUCCCAAGGAUGCCCAGGCCCUGGGGCUCACACUUACCCCUCAACAGGCCCAGAUAAACAAGAUCUGUCUUACCCCUCAGCAGGCCCAAGCUCUGGGCAUCACUCUUACACCUGAGCAAGCUAACACAUUGACGAUCAGUCUGACCCCUCAGCAGGUCCAGGCCCUGGGAAUUACUCUCACUAUUGAGCAGGCCAGGGCCCAGAGGAUCAGUCUAACUCCUGAGCAGGCCCAGGCCCUAGGAAUCACUCUCUCCCCUGAGCAGGCCCAGGCCCUGGGGAUAGCUGAAGCCUUGGGAAUCUGUCUUACCCCUCAGCAGGCCCAAGCUCUGGGCAUCACUCUUACAUCUGAGCAAGCCAACGCAUUGACGAUCAGUCUGACACCUAAGCAGGCCCAGGCUCUAGGGAUUACUCUCACUGUUGAGCAGGCCGGGGCCCAGAGGAUCAGUCUAACUCCUGAGCAGGCCCAGGCCCUAGGAAUCACUCUCUCCCCUGAGCAGGCCCAGUUCCUGGGGCUCACACUUACCCCUCAGCAGGCCCAGAUAAACAAGAUCUGUCUUACCCCUCAGCAGGCCCAAGCUCUGGGCAUCACUCUUACACCUGAGCAAGCCAACGCAUUGACGAUCAGUCUGACACCUAAGCAGGCCCAGGCUCUAGGGAUUACUCUCACUGUUGAGCAGGCCAGGGCCCAGAGGAUCAGUCUAACUCCUGAGCAGGCCCAGGCCCUAGGAAUCACUCUCUCCCCUGAGCAGGCCCAGGCCCUGGAGAUAACUGAAAUCUGUCUUACCCCUCAGCAGACCCAAGCUCUGGGCAUCACUCUUACACCUGAGCAAGCCAACGCAUUGACGAUCAGUCUGACACCUAAGCAGGCCCAGGCUCUAGGGAUUACUCUCACUGUUGAGCAGACUCACACCUUGGGGAUCUCUCUCAGUCCACAUCAGGCCCGGGACCUGGGAAUCACUCUAACCCCUAGGCAAGCCAAGGUACAGAAGAUAUGUCUGACCCCUGAGCAGGCCCAGGCCCUGGGAAUCACUUUCACCCCUGAGCAGGCCAGAGAACGGAGAAGCAGUCUCACCCCUGAGCAGGCCCGGGCCCUGGGGCUCACUCUCUCCCCUGUGCAGGCCAGGGCCCAGAGAAUCAGUCUGACCCCUGAGCAGGCUGAAGCCCUGGGGAUCACUCUUUCUCCUGAGCAGGCUGAAGCCCUGGGCAUCAGUUUCACUUCUUCAAGGUUACAGAAACGGGGCACUCUUCCUCCAAAGAAAUUCCGGGGUUUGGAUGCUCCGUUAACCCCUCAACAGGCAGCAACAUUGAGGGGCCGUCCUACUACAGAGCAGAUUCAACCCCUAAAAAUUCCUAUUAUCCCGGAGUCUACCCAGAGACCAAAACCAGCUGUGGCUUCUAAACAGACCCAGACAGUUAGAAUCCCACUAAACACUCCAUGGUCCCAGCAAUUUGGAGUUCCACUUCCACAGAGGCGGGGCAAGGCAUUGGGAAUCACCCUCAUACCAGGGCAACCCCAAGCAUUUGAGCAAGUACAGGCGUUGCAACCUCCCUGUACACCCUGGCAGUCCCCGUUGCUGGGCCAACUUGGUCCAGGAGAGACACAAACACUAAUGUUCACCAUCACGCUUGACAGAGCCCAGGAUUUGGGUGUCAUUUUUACGCAGGAGCAAACUCAGGCAGCGGCUGUCACCCUUACCUCUGAGCAGCUGGCAGCAUUAGAAGAUGCGCUCACUGAAGAACUGGCCUGGAAAUGGGGGGGGUUCAUCAUGCCAGAAAAGGCUCCAGGGGCAGCAAAUAUCAUGACUCCGGAGCAAUUACAAGCAUCCGGAAUUGCUGGAAGGUUGACACCACCUCCCACAGCUGGAGUCCUCCCCACCUCUGGAGAGUUUCCUGGAGGCUCUGCUGUCUACAAGGACCUCCUACUAUCCAGAUUCUCCCCCUACCAGCCUCCAGCCAUCGGUGAACAAAUUCCCUACAUGCAAGGACAGCAAAUGAUCACUGCUGAGCUCUCAAUCCCUGGAAGGCCUCAGAGAAUUUCUCCCUCUUCAGUCCCUCAGAAAUGGUCAGGAGCUGUUACCCCUCCAAAACCUUUCCCUACAGAGAAGAUCCGAAUAGCAAAGGUUCCUGGCACUUCGGAAGAAACUGGGGUACUCCAAGAUUCUUUCGACAUGAAACCACUUGGAAUGUUCCAGCCUUAUGUCACCAGUUCUGGGAUACCAGGAUCGAAGCGCCCGCACGUUGGUCUAGAGAAGCCUACCGUGUCACCAACGUCUCUCAGCACUCAGCUCUCCCAAACAUCACAGGCCUUACCUUCUGCAAGGGGCCAGAGACCACGGCUCCCCGCUAUAGACAAGCCCUGGAUACCAACCCCAGCUUCUGACACCAGGAAAGCCAAGACCUUGGGGUUCCCUCUCCCUGCCCAGCUCCCUGAAGACAGAUACUUCGUUGAUGUGGAGGCUCAAAGGAAGAACCUGGUUAUAUUAAAUGAGGCUGCACAAACUUCUGAAUUCCCUCCCCAGUACCACACAAUUGCCAGGAAUCUCAUAAUAGAACUGCUUCAUAUGAAUACAGUUAGGCUGGGGUAUCUGUGCCGCAAGUAUGUUGCCUAUAGGCUGAUCCAGCUGGCCAGAAACAACAUAACCAAACGAUUAAAAGCCAUCCAAAAUACUGGGAAAGGGUAUGAGGCUCAGAACCUGUACAUCAUGCUGGACAGAAUUGAUCAAUACCAGAAGAGGGUGAUGCGGUUCUGGACAGACAAGCAGAAGGAACUAGAACAGAGGCGGAGGCAGUGCCUGUGGUCCAUGAUGCAGGUAUUCAGCCAGAUCGAAAAGGUGUUUAAACUAAAUCUUAGCCAGCCUGUGCCCUUGGUCUCUGGCUUUAAGCAGAUACCCGAUUUUACCAAAACUCAACGUCCAGUCUUGGAGUUAUUCACUGAAGACAACAAAAAGCCCGACAUUUUCAAGACCUUUGGGUAUGUACAGACUCAGGUGGAGUCCAUCUGGAAUGCUGACCUGUCCACUUCAAGCUACCCGAUAAUGGAGAAGACAUCUUUGAAUACACUCUGGACACAGCUGGGAGGGUACCCGGAUAUUCCCCGGCUGCUGCAGUUAGAUAUUCAAUGGACCUUCAGAAAAGCUCUUGCUUCCCUUCAGUCACAUGGCAGCGUGAAGACAGAAGAGAAGGUGGCAGCCUGUCUGGGCCCUCGCCCUGGUGCCCACUGGUUUCUGCUCUGUUAA